AAUUUAUGUAAAGUGGAGUUUCCUUUUCCAUUUCUAGUUGUCAUCACUGCUCCCCAAAGCUUCAAAUUGGCGUUUUUUCUUUUCAUCACUUCGUAAUUGUCGAGCUUCCGCCACCUGCCGCCGCCGUCAAUGGCGGAAGAAAAAGAUGGGAAGAGGAAGAAGCACAAGAAGCCGAAACACCAACACCCCAACGACCAAACCUCGAAGACAUCGUCCUCGGAUUUCGCGUUCAAGCCCAGCUCCGAAGUAAAGGGUCUCCGAUUCGGCGGCCAAUUCAUCGUCAAAUCCUUCACAAUCCGCCGCGCGCGGCCGUUGGAGCUCCUCCGCCUCCUCUCCCUUCCGCCGCCGUCCGCCGCCGGCGACGACGCGCCGUUCCCGUCGACGGCGGCGUUCCUGCCGACGAAUUUCACGAUCUUGGCCCACCACGCGUGGCACACGCUCACUCUGGGCCUGGGCACGCGGAAAUCGAAGGUGGUCCUGUUCGUUUUCGAGUCGGAGAACCUGAGGGCCACCGUGGAGCGGCAGUGGCCGCCGGAGCUGCCGCUGGGGGAGGUGAACAAGAAGCUCAUCAGAGGGCUCAGCGGCUGCGACGCCGCCCGGUUCAAGUUCCGGAAGGGGUGCAUAACGUUCUACGUUUACGCCGUCCGGAGAAGUGCCGGCGGCGGUCUUCCGGCGGGAUUUUCUUGCGCCGACGAUCUGAGAACGAUUCUCCAAUCCGUGGUGGCGCUCAAGGAUUUCUUGGAUCACACCGCCAUGCUCGCUUUGCCCAACCAGAGAAGCAUCAACUAUGAAGCUCCGCCGCAACACGUAGCCAUGGCUCACUAGCCCUGCUUUUUUUUUUAACGAAAUUUUAAUAUUAUUUUAUCAGUUUGUGAAAACAAUAUUGUUUCCUGAAAUUCAGGUCUGUAUGUUUUUUUGGAAUGAUUUUAUUUGUCAUUAAAUCAUUUUUCUUCAUUA